AAAUAGAAGAACAGCAGCAAGAGCAAAAGAAGAUCCUAGCUGAACAGAAAGAAAUUCUAAAGGAAUUAAAGGAUCACAAAAAUAAACAGGAGGAAGAUGCAAAGAGAAAGGAUUUAGAACUUCAAGGGAAUAGUGCUGCAAAUCCACGUAUUAACAGUGUCCCUGUUAGUCUUCAAGGACAUGCAGAUCCGGCAAUGUUGAUUCUGAAUCCAGCAGAACCAGUGGUUUCUCAAGAUCUGAAGUCCUCACUUCUGAAAGAUAAUCCAGAAGCUCUGCCUGCAUUUGAUAAUCUGCUGCCUAAAAAUGCAUAUCAAAUCAAUCCACAAGUUCCAAAUCAGCCAGCUGAAUUGAAUGCAUACCAAAAAGGUCUCAUCAAUUCAGGCAUACUACCUCAUGCAGACAAUGGAGCAGCAGUAGCAAGGCCACAAGAAUCAGAAAUCGGUAGAUCUGCCAUACAAAAAGGCAAACAAGUUGUACAAGGAGAUAACCAGCCUAAACUGGCAAAUGAAAAUUUACCAAAUAGUGGUAACCAAGUUUAUGUAGUGAAUAUUGCAGGGUAUGCUGGUGGCCAAGCAACAUAUGUUGAAGGUCAGGUAGGUUUUGAAGGUAACCAAGAAGUACCUUUUGGUAAUCAAGCACCACAUGUCAAUAAUAAGCUACCUUCAGUUGGUAAGGAGGCAGAUAGACUUGAGUACCAAGGCCCUUCUGCAAACAACAAUAAUGAAGGUCCAGUCAGUUCAGCACAGCAGGUAAAAGGACUAGUUGCAGAUAUUAAAACAGGUCAUGCAGAUAUACCUAGGAAAGAUAUUAAAAUGUUAGGUCAAAGAGAAGAUCCACCAACAGGAAAUAUGGAGGCAGAUCCUAUACAAAGUGAAAAGAAAGACUCCACUUUGAUUGGUGUGGGGAAAAAAUCAUUUGACGCUAAUGCUCAGAAAGCAGCUGCUGCCCAUUUAGAUUCAAACUUAAAUUCAAAUAUAGUGAAAGAGCAACAAUCCAAACAAGUAAGACCUCCCAUGAAAGUUCCAAUUAUCAAAAACUACAUUCAUAAAGAGACCCAAAAACAAGGAAAUGGACUUAAAUUCAAUAUUGAAAAACAAGAGAGUGGAAUGGUUAUAACACCUAGUUCCCCAGAUAAAGGAAACGAUAAGGUAAUUGUGAAUAAGAUGAAGACUGCAGAAGAUAAAAAGGAAAAGAAAAAUAAUGCCCACGAUGAAGAACGACGUAAAAGACAUGUAGAAGCACAAUAUAGUCUAAAUUUACCAGAGCUGGACCUUUUAAAAGAAGUAAGGAAGGACAUUGGAGAUGUUGUAUAUGAUACUCGUCACCUUUUAUGGACACAUAGGAGACGCAAGAAGAAGCGUCCCAACAAAAAUCGUGAUUAUCAGUACUGGGAUGAAACUUGAAUUUGAUUUGCCCCUUGGAAAGAUGUGUUAUAUACCUCAUUAAAAAAGAAAAAAAAAGUGUAUUAAGCUUUUAGGGAUAUGCAAAUUUUACUAACCACAGGGACAAAGAAAUUGAGGACUGAAACUAAGAGUUUCUGUAGAAAUGGCAUAUUUUGGGUAAGAGGAAUUUAAGGUACAGCCUUUCACUGCAAGGUGGCUAAUUAUAUCAAAAGAUGCCUGUGAAAAUGUAUUGUAUCUAACAGGGUAUAUAACUUAUCAGUCUUCCAAAGGUUUUGAAAAUCUAGCAAUUUUCCAUCAGUUGUAGAAUGUCAUUGACAAUAUUACCUUUGUUAUAAAGGGCUUUUGUAUUGUUAUGCAGUAUGUUUGGAAAUGAUUCAGAUACCUUUUCUUAUUACUUUUGUAACAUCCUUUAAUGUUUUAAAUACCUGGUAAGUGUGUUCUCGAAAACUCUGAUGUUUUGAAAAUAUAUUCAUGUAUGAAAUGUAAGGUUUGUACUAGAUAUUGAUAACCAUUUUCUAAAUUCAGGUCUGUACAUAGUAUCUGGGAUUGUGCAUUCCACAUAGUAUUUAUACCAUUACAUGGUCAAUGAACUGCCAUUCAUAUAAAGGUCAGACAACAUUAUUUUAUGAAUUUGAUAAUGCACAAAAUUUCUCUUAUAUAAUCUCCAAUUUUCAGUCUCUAUGGUUUACAAUUCUGUAAAUUAUUCAUUUCCUUUGCAAUGGCUGAAUUUCUGAUGUAAUUAAUAUAUAACUCUCUCUCUCUCUCUCUCUCUCUCUCUCUCUCUCUCUCUCUCU